AUGGCAUCCAGGGCCGCCGUCGACUUCGCCAAGGUCAGCUCCCAGCUCGGCCUCGGCAAAAACACCCUCGCCCAGAUCUCGGCCUUCCGAAAGAGGAACGAGGACGCCCGCCGCGCCCUCAACCAGCUCAAGCAGCAGUCCACCACCGUCGACUUUGCCCACUACGACGCCGUCCUCAAGAACAAGGACGUCGUCAACCAGGCAAAGAAGAUCCUCAACGACUUCAAGCCCGUCACCUACGACGUCCAGGCCCAGCUCAAGGCCAUCGACGCCUUUGAGGCCAAGGCAACCGAGCAGGCUCAGGCCACCGCCACCAAGAUCGAGGCCGAGCUCAAGGACCUCAAGGCCACCCUCAAGAACAUCGAGGAGGCUCGCCCCUUCAACCAGCUCACCACCGACGACGUCAUCGCCGCCCGCCCCGAGAUCGGCAAGACGGUCGAGGAGAUGGUCAAGAAGGGCAAGUGGACCACGCCGGGCUACGAGGAGAAGUUUGGAAGCCUCGCCGCCAUCUAA